AACACCCACCCGUCUUCACUACUCAACUCCUACGUCUUUUUUUGACUUUCUCCUUAACAUCUUCUCCAUCGAUCGCCAACUCUCUUUCCCCCUCUCUCUUUCUCUUUCACACACACACACACACAAUAUAUAUAUAUAUAUAUAUAUUUAUAUAUCUACAAGAGAGGGGAGAGAGAGAGAGAGAAAAUUUUAGAAUGAAGACAUAUACGAAGCGGUUGUUGAAUAGUAUAUGACUAAUUGAUGAUAUCUUAAUUCUCACGUUUCUUUUUACUUAUUAUACAUGGAUGGAUUCAUCCUUUAAUAAUAAUGUGUUGUUGAUAUAAUAAAACAAAAUUUUAUAAACAGAAACAGAUAUAUUUUAUAUAUAGAGGCCGGCUAGAUGGGAGCUUGCCUGUCGACGCCGGAGAGUUGCGUCGGAGGCAAAUUAAAGUCAUCAAAGAGGAAAUUCCGUCGGAAACGAACCAAGGACUUUAACCGUCGUGUUUCCACUCGCUUUUCCGAUCAAUCAAAAUCUCUCCCCUCUGAUCGCUCCUUCGUUAAUCCUACUUUUCGCGCAGGGAGCACUGAUGAAUCAUGGUAUGAUUCUGCUGCAGUUCUUGAUUCUGAUUGCAGUGAAGAAGAUUUCCAAAGUGUUCUUGAUGAUGUGAUGUCCUUAACUGGCUCAGAAGGCGCUUCCAGAGCAAGCAUUGCUUCUCUCAGGGAUAUCAAUCAUGGAGACGGUGAGAGUCGUAGAAGUUCUGUGCAUCCAGAAGAGAUGAGUUCGAGACUGAAAGCAGAUGGACCGUCUAAUGAGAUUAAGCCUGUAUAUCUUGAUGAAAUAUCGUCUUCUGUAGAUGAAAAUGCCGGAAGAGAGGAUGGUUUGUUGGACUGUGGAAUAAUCCCUAGCAAUUGUCUACCUUGUCUGGCUGCUACAGGUCCCUCUGUUGAGAAGAGAAGGUCAUUAAGUUCCACAUCUAGCCCACCAAAUGCAAGGAAAAAGACUACACAUAAACUCUCCUUUAAAUGGAAAGAUGGACAUCCCAACGCUAGCAUAUUUUCUUCUAAGAUGCAGCUACAAAGACCGAUAGCUGGUUCACAAGUACCCUUCUGUCCACUAGACAAAACAGCACUUGAUUCAUGGUCACCUGUUGAACCAAAGACUUUUAGGGUACGAGGGGAUAAUUAUUUGAGGGAUAAAAAGAAAGAGCAUGCUCCUAACUAUGCAGCAUAUUACCCGUUUGGUGUUGAUGUAUUCUUAUCUCAAAGGAAAAUUGAUCACAUUGCUCGAUUUGUUGAGCUACCUGGCGUUGGUUCUUCUUCUGGUGAACUUCCAUCAAUUCUUGUUGUAAAUGUUCAGGUUCCAUUGUACCCUGCUGCCUUUUUCCAAGGAGAAAUAGACGGCGAAGGAAUGAACAUUGUGUUGUAUUUUAAAGUCUCCGAUAGUUACUCAAAGGAACUUUCAUCUCAGUUUCAAGACAACAUGAGAAGGAUUCUAGAUGAUGAAAUAGAAAAAGUCAAAGGUUUCCCUGUUGAUUCACUUGUACCAUACCGUGAAAGGUUGAAAAUAUUGGGUCGCGUUGUAAAUGUAGAUGACCUUCAGUUAAGUGCACCGGAGAGGAAACUUAUGCAUGCUUACAAUGAAAAACCCGUGCUUUCACGUCCACAACAUGAAUUCUAUCAAGGAGAAAAUUACUUUGAGAUUGACUUGGAUAUGCAUAGAUUUAGUUAUAUCUCCAGGAAAGGGUUUGAAGCAUUCCAAAAUAGACUAAAAAACUGCAUAUUAGAUGUGGGUCUCACGAUUCAGGGAAACAAAACAGAGGAAUUGCCUGAGCAGAUCUUAUGCUGUGUAAGGUUAAAUGGAAUUGAUCAUAUGAGAUACCACAUGUUGGGGUUAAAUCAAGAACCGCUAUUAUAAAUUUGCCAAUAGUGUAAGCUUCCAAUUGAAUACAUGAUGCUUAAUAUCUAAAGAUUAUUUCAUUCUCUUCUCUUUUCA